AUGGCUACAUUGACAAGGUCAGUGAGGAGAAACAGGAAUCAAAUACUCCAUACCCAUCGGAUAAUCCGAACGGCGACUCCGAACCCGAAUCCCAAUCCGGGUCGGGCCUGCGACGUCUUCAUCAACCACCGGGGUAAGGACACGAAGCGGAAUGUGGCUUCGCUGCUGUACCAGCAUCUCUUCAGGCUGAGGCUGACGCCAUUUUUGGACAACAUGAGCAUGAAGCCUGGGGACAAACUGUUCGACAAGAUCCACGCCGCCGUCAACGACUGCAAGCUCGGCGUCGCCGUCUUCUCCCCCCGCUACUGCCGCUCCUAUUUCUGCCUUCACGAGCUCGCCCUCAUGAUCGAGACCAAGAAGAAACUCAUCCCCAUUUUCUGCGACGUCAGGCCGUCGGACCUCGCCGUCGUGCCCAGCCCCGCCCUGCCGUCGGCGGAGCUCCGGCGAUUCGCCGGUGCCGUCGAAGAGGCUAAGUAUACCGUCGGCCUCGAAUUCGACUCCCGGAAGGGGAACUUGGCAGAUGUGGUGAAAAACGCAGCAGAUAUUGUGAUAGAGAACCUGUUAGAGAUUGAUGACGAUGAUGAGCGAGGACAUAAUGAUCAUUCUUCAAAAUCCCUACAGAUACAUCAUCGUCGUCAUCGUCAUGGACCUGAACAAUUAAUUGACUGA